AUGGUACCGCCAUUGCUUUACAAGUAUACUUCACGAGGACUAAAACAAGACCUUUUUCGGACUUUGGCGGUUACAUUUGGGCACGCACAAAGCGUUACAAUCAAGGAUCAAGAAGAUCGACUCUCAGCACCACUACAGGCACAGAGACUCAUUGACCUACUUUCAGAUCAAUCAAAUGCAUUAGAAACUCGCGUACAGGCUACGCGUGAACUUUCGGACCUGGUUAAGACCCUUUCAAGUGAGACGGUGUUGAAUGUAUGGAAUGGUGCUAACGACCUCAUCAGAACAGCGGCUCCUCCAAAUGCGAGGCGAGCUGCUUUGAAGCUUUUGCACGUCUGUUUAGAGAGACUGAUGCCCAGUAUGAGCGAGUCACUAAGGCUAGCCUUCUACUACAAUCUUAUGGAUAAUUUAGCUGUGAACAGCGAGAAAUGUUACAUAAUUGAGCCGGAACUCAAUCUUUUCGUGGCCUGUCUUAGCACCUUGACCGACUAUGGUAAAAAAAUUGACACACUGAUAAAGCCGGAAGACGACGUUUUGGGGAUAGAUCAGUUUCUAGAGAACACGCUGACAAACAUAGCAACAGAUGAUGAGCCGGCAUUUUCCUCAGAAGCAUUGCUAAGAACUCUCGAGUUUGUUUCAAGAUGUGCUGAAAACGGACUCCCUAUCAAUGAUAACUUUAUGCUUCAGCUUCUGAGGGCAGCACAUAGAAGGGACUCCGAUGAAGUACGAAGAAUUUCGCUGUACGUUUUGGUCAUGGAACUUGGAAAAUCACCUUCAGAUUCUGAAGAGGUUUUGCAAGGCACAAUUUCUUUACUUACUGGAUUACAAAGUAUCACAGCAAACCUAAGCAGUCAAGUAUCUCCCAUUUUAAAUGUUAUCUUCCAGGGAUGCAAUGCCAGCAAGCUGGCGAAGCUACUUUUGGUCCCAACGACCGCAAACAAGAAUUCUACCGGCGUUGUGAACGUGCUUACAGAUCUUUUGGUGACUAAAGAGUUCGAGCCUCUAUGGCGUCAAAGCAACAUUUCUGCUGAAAGUAUUGGCACAUCUCUCAUUUAUUUUCUAGCCGAAGGGCAGUGCGAGAGAAAAGCAAGUUCAGUAGAGCCUCAAGAAUUUUUUUUGACCAUUCUUCUGCGAAUUACCAAGUCUGAUGAGUUUCUAGUACACAUGCGUGACUUUCCCGCCUUUUGGCUGCACCCCGAUGCCGAUCCAAAACCUACCGCUUUCAAUAUGCUGUCACAAGCCCUCAAAAGUGAGCUGAGCAGCUCAAAUAAGGAGCUUGUAAAACUAAUUUUUGAGCGAGUAUUGAAACUGUUGUUUGCUGGCAAACACGAUUUGUUGGGACUCAGGGGUGGUGCCGAAAUAUUUCCUUUUCUCUUCACAUUCUCAAAAUAUCUGGACUCGAAAUUAACUUCCCAACUAUUUCAGUAUUUGAGUCAAAACUUGACGAUAGCUGUGACAUGGGACUUGCUACCCAUUGCAAUAAUUUCAAAUUUUUUUGAGAUCGAAGGCUCAUCUGAUGUUCGCUGUGAGUCCCUUGAUCUCUUGGUGAAAAUACUAAAAGAAAUCACAUCUCAAGACCAAUAUGCCAAGGAGUCAUUUGUAAAAUUGCUCCGACGACUUAUCUCCAAGCUGAAAGCAGAAAAAGAUGAGCUUGUUGUUGCCAGGCUUUCGGAUCUUUACUUUGAGAGUUGCAAAGUGCUAUCUUCCGAUGUUGUAAAUACCAUUAAUGAGGAGUCGAUAAUUAUUGCGUUUACGAGAAGCCCUAAUAGAAGGCGCUCGAGUCUAAUUCCAAUGGGCCUCAGUUCUCAAGCAAGUUCUACGUGGCCUGAUUACAAGCUCUUGAUGCUUGCUGACGCCGUUACAAAACUUUCAGUAUGGAGUUUGGCGUAUAAACCGGAAAAAAUGUUUGCGUCUUUUUACCGGCUGCUGAUAGAGAUUGUUCAAUAUGCUCAUAGAAUGGAACAUGUCGGUUUAUUUUUGACAUCAGCCAAGGUAUUAACAAAAAUUUACUGUCGUGGUUCAGAUCAAGUUGUUAUGGUGGAGACGACUGAAGUCGAGGGGAUUACAACCGCGCUAGGGAAAAAUCACAAGUUUAAUCCGUCUUGCGAAAAAUCUAAAUGGUCAUUCCCUGAAAAUGUCCCUUAUCUACGGGAAGCUCAAGACAAUGCAUACAGCGGUAAUUUUACUCUUCCGAAGUUCAGAAGUGAUGAGCCUGUUUUAAAUUCCUCAAAUAUUGAUAUUCGGCUAUGGAUAUCUCUAGGAAUUGCUGCUCUUGAAAAACCAUUUGACUGGGAAAUCUACUCAUACCUUUUAACAUACAUGUGCCCCCAGUUUGCAAGUUUAAUACCCCUAAGGUCAAUUACCGACUUAGUGGCGAAGUACCGAGAGAUCAUUUGCCGCCACCUAAGACAAGGUGCCAGUCUUAAACUGAAGACGCCAAAAAGCCUUCAUACAGACGACCUGCAAGUGGCUUACAUUCGAAGUCUUUCACCUUUACUGGGAUACCAUAGUCGCGCACCAAAAAUAUUUGCAGAUGACAUCGUUGAUUCAUUACUUCACGCAAUACAGGGUACAGAAAAGACACUAGUCCCUUCUCUUCAUCUACUGACUGUUUGUUCUCAAGAAAUUUCGUCUUCUGUGAAGAGAUACUUGACCCCGAUCCUUGUACAACUUCAGACCCGAAUCACAAGCUCUUUUAGCACCCCAGCCAUUUUGGAGUUUCUAUUAGCACUUCCGCAUUCUCCCUUGAUAAUAUCACACUUGACAUUGGACGAGUUUAAGCGUGUAUUUGCAAUUGCUUUCAAACUGAUACAGAGUGCCAGGGAUUUGAAAAAGAGAGCACAAAUUAGAAACGUCAUUCAACAAAUUUCGUAUGCAGAACAAGACGCUGAUUUCUCGCCCUCAACUCAGUCAUUUACGAUAAGUCCUUCAAUUGCACACUUUUUUCUUACCUUGUCAUACGCUGUCAUACCGAGCUGGUUCUUGCGAAUGAAUUCAUCAAACAGAACAGAGCUGGCUCCAUUUGUUGUGAGAAACUUGAUAGCCAUUGAUGCUGACGCAGAGGAGCACGACUUCGAUGCUCAUGCGUACCUCGAUGUCGUUUCGCGUUUCACUACGUCGCAAAAUGAUUCUGCCUCUAUUUUCAGAGCACUAGAUGACAGGCCACACGGAAAUGAUGAGAAGUAUAGUUUUGGGAAAUGGCUAUUGCCCGACAAGAUCGUAAGUAUUGAGACUGAAAGAUGCUCAGGAGACUCCACGGUAACUAUCAGAAGCUGCUCGGGCGUUAAUGUUUUCAAAAUGCAAAUGGAUCAUACGGAAGCCCCUAGGACCUAUGACGUUUUUUCUAUAUCUGAAGGUCAGACUGCUUCUGCCAUUAUCGCGAAUGAGGAAAAACCCUUCUAUACGGCUAGCUACACAUUGAUGCGCUUGGGCUCGUUUGAGAAAAUACCUCUGAAGGUGCCAGAAGACAGUGCAGUUUCGAAAUCGAUACAAUUAUUUGAUAAGAUCCCAUUUACUGAUUUCCACAAGAUUGGCCUAAUUUACAUGGGUCCCCAACAGUGCUGCGAAACUGAAGUAUUAUUGAACACUAGUGGAUCUCGUCAGUACACAGCAUUUUUGUCUCGACUCGGCCAGACAAUCAAGCUCGACAAUUCACACAAAGUCUACACAGGGGGGCUCGAACCCGAAAUUGAUGGACAAUUUGCAUUAGUUUGGAGAGAUGAAAGAACGCAAGUUGUUUUUCACACGAUAACACUAAUGCCAAACAAUCCUGAAGAUCCACAGUUUUCCCUGAAGAAAAGGCAUGUGGGCAACGAUUUCGUGAGCAUUUUCUAUGACGAAUCUGGUCUGCCAGGUUUUGAUUUCAAUAUGAUCAGAAGUCAAUUCAAUUUCAUCAACAUUGUGAUCAAGCCGUUGGGCUCAAAGCCCAACGAACAAUUUAAGGUGCGUAUGUACAGAAAAUCGGGUGUCCCUGCAUUUUUCUCAUCCUCUCAUUUCAAAAUUUUAGGCGGGGGGAACUUGGCCAAAUAUGUUCGCCAAGUAUCAAUCAUAGCAGACAUAUUUGCAGCAAGUUGGUUUGCCAGUAGUGCACCCGACGUUUGCACGACCUGGGCAAGACGAGCGAAGCAGUUGCGAGGGAUCAAUGACAGAAUGCUGAAAUACUACGGAGAGAAAGAGACGCAGAGCAACCCAUUAGAUUUCACGAGAUAUGUUUAA